ACUCGGCGUAUUGCGAUUGACCCUCAAUCAGAGAGAGAGAGAGAGAGAGAGAGUGAGUGAGUGAGAGAGAUUGAGAGAGAGAGCGAGAGCCCGUGUCAGUCCGCGGUGCUGUGCAGUUUCGUCGGCUUUGAUCGGACAGUAACCCGAAUGGGCUGGCGCUUGACCGAGUCAACGCUUCGUGUGCAAGCCUCGACCAGCACUCGAUAAUUCAGCGCGGGCGGUCAAGCGAUUCCCACCACCUCCGGAACAUCAAUGAACUCGCGCUAUUUUCGCAGGUCUGCCAACAAUUUCGACAUCGCCCUUCUUGUUAGGUGUUCCCCGAGCGGGAGAUGCUGAGGCGGGAGUGGGCCUGCCGCAGCGGGACUCAGCAGCGCAGCGACUUCGCCGCGGGGCGUUAGGGCGGGGCCGGCAUGGCGAAGAGCGCCGAGGUCAAGCUGGCCGUGUUCGGCAGAGCCGGCGUGGGAAAAUCCGCACUGGUGGUGCGCUUUCUGACCAAGCGCUUCAUCUGGGAAUACGACCCCACCCUCGAGUCAACGUAUCGUCAUCAGGCCAACAUCGACGAUGAGCUCGUCACCAUGGAGAUCCUCGACACGGCUGGCCAGGAGGACGUGCUCCAGAGGGAGGGCCACAUGCGCUGGGCGGACGGCUUCGUCCUGGUGUACGACAUCACGGACCGGGGAAGCUUCCAGGACGUGGCGCCGCUGAAGAGCCUGGUGGAGGAGGCCAAGAAGCCCAAGAGCGCGCCGCUGGUGCUGGUGGGCAACAAGGCGGACCUGGAGCACGCGCGGCAGGUGAGCACGGAGGAGGGCGAGCGGCUGGCGGCCGAGCUGUCCUGCGCCUUCUACGAGUGCUCGGCCUGCACGGGCGGGGGCUGCGCCAGCGAGCCCUUCCUGGAGCUCUGCCGCGAGGUGCGCCGCCGCCGCGCCGUCCAGGGCAAGGCCCGCCGACGCAGCUCCACCACGCACGUCAAGCAGGCCAUCAACAAGAUGCUCACCAAGAUCAGCAGCUAGGGGGCGCUGUGGGCCCAGCCCUCAGCUCUGUUUCUACCCACCCACGUCAAGCAAGGCCAUCAACACAAUGCUCACCAAGAUCAGCAGCUAGGGGGCGCUGUGGGCCCAGCCCUCAGCUCUGUUUCUACCCACCCACGUCAAGCAAGGCCAUCAACAAGAUGCUCACCAAGAUCAGCAGCUUGGGGGCGCUGUGUGCCCAGCCCUCAGCUCUGUUUCUACCCACCCACGUCAAGCAAGGCCAUCAACAAGAUGCUCACCAAGAUCAGCAGCUAGGGGGCGCUGCCCACCCACCCACCCACCCACGUCAAGCAAGGCCAUCAACAAGAUGCUCACCAAGAUCAGCAGCUAGGGGGCGCUGCCGCGGGCCCAGAGACAGCCCCUCCACCCACGCACGUCAAGCAGGCCAUCAACAAGAUGCUCACCAAGAUCAGCAGCUAGGGGGCGCUGUGGGCCCAGCCCUAAGCUCUGUUUCUACCCACCCACGUCAAGCAAGGCCAUCAACCCAAUGCUCACCAAGAUCAGCAGCUAGGGGGCGCUGCCACGGGCCCAGAGACAGCCCCUCCACCCACGCACGUCAAGCAAGGCCGUCAACAAGAUGCUCACCAAGAUCAGCAGCUAGGGGGCGCUGUGGGCCCAGCCCUCAGCUCUGUUUCUACCCACCCACGUCAAGCAAGGCCAUCAACACGAUGCUCACCAAGAUCAGCAGCUAGGGGGCGCUGUUGGUCGGCCCUUCACUCCGUUUCAUGCACAAUCACCUUUUCAAAUACAACGCUCCGCACAAGUGAACUUAAAUGCGUAUGUCAGGUGACUUUAACGAAGGCCUUGGUCGCCCUCGGUUGGGGAGGGUUGACUCGUCGUCAUAAUGACGGUUUGGUGCGCAAGGGAGCUUAAGAGCCAUUUUCCAAAUUUUACAGGAAGAGCCAAAACCCAUGUUUGAACACACCAAGGUUUUUGGGAGGAGUCUAUUGAUUUUGACCCUCUAUUUCAAUGUAGUUAAACCUACUUACGAGCUGAAUACAUCAAACUUAUAGGCCAGUGGAAGAUGGGCUUGCCCCUAUAGCCCAGUUCCUCCUGAGUUUUUUCUCACUACUGUUUGAGGGUUUUUCUCCCCAUGAGGGAGAAAUUUAUGUGCUUUUGGGCGAUGAGGGCUGAUGUAUUUUAUUUCCAUCUGUGUUACUCUGUAAAGCGUCUUUGUGACAGCCAUACAAAGAAAAAUUGAAUUGAAUUGAAGGAUGGCUCAUCUUAUCUUUUGCCAGUAGAUAGAUCUCCUCAACAGAUUUCUUUUGAUGUACAAUACUCGUUUUGGCCCAAAAAGUCACUUGUAUGCCCCUUGCACACCAAACCCUUGAUAUAUUAGACAAGUAGUGUAUAUAACCUAUAAAUAAUGUAGUCAAACAAGUUUGCCUUUAUUUCGCGUAUGGGGCAGCUCCAUGGAUUCUCUCGAGAGUCCAACUCUGAUGGAGGUCACUGGUCUGCCCGCGCUCACCGUCUGAUUCUGAGGGACCCUGGGAAAUUGAGUUUUUCCCGUCUGGAACAAUUUCACGUUGAGGAUGUCAGUGGACUGUUUUAUAGAGCGUUGACUGCACCAGUUCCCCGGUGACUGGGUCCUUCCCCUUGAGUGGCCCUCAGAGAUGCCCGUGUCGAACGUUCCGGUGAGCGUCGCUGAUUUGGGGCGGCAGAGCGUUCCGUUCGACGGUCUCCAAACUCUUGCUUCCGCCGCCCUUUGAUUGGCUGGAUGUGUCUGUGCCUACAGGGGUUCACAGUUCCCUGAAAUAUUUGCCUGCUGUGAUUCCUCAACAGAACUGGCCCUUUUCCACGUCAUAAUUUACUUUUUGUGCCCACAGGAGUGGAUCUCGUCCGAGUUCUCGCUGGCUGAUAAAACCCCCGUAUUCUGCUGGUUUUUUUAAUUUUUUUUGUAAAAUCUCUGGACCCAAAUUCUAAAUACUUUUUUUAAUGUCAGGACCCAAAUGUGAAAUUCCAGUAUCUUUCAGGGACCAAAAACACACACGCACUAGCCUGGCCUCCUAGUCCCCUCCAGGCUCAUUUUGGGACCCACCACUCGUGCUCCUGCGACCCAGUUUGGGUGCUGACGAGUGACCCUGCUGUCGGGGGAAGUGGGGAGGGACACUGCAUUCUGUAAAAAAUAUAUUAACUGCCGUAGUUUGUACAGCAUGAAUCUAAACCUUGAGCCGUCGCAAAGCUGAGGCUGCAGGCACACUUCUUUAAUUCUCGCUUCUUUGUAAUUUGUCACUUGAGCAACGGCCAAUGAAAACGUUGCCGUCGCCUCUCCCGACCAGUUCAACCCUUCAGAGAGAUGUAAAGAUCUGGAAAUAACGUCAUCCCGCCACUGUGCGCCCCGCAGAACCAACACGGGCCUCUCGUAUAAACCAGGGCCUGCGUUUAAAGCCAAAACAAGUUUUCUUUUCAGAAAAUAAUCAGCCCCCCCCCCCCCCCCCCUCCUCUCCUUGGCUGUGCAUAUGACGCUUGCCGAAUAAAGUCCCUUGUUCCAGGUCGUUAUACUUGUUAUUCCUCCAGUUUAAACUCCCGAGGUUUCCUGGGAAAUGUUCCUUGAAUUGUAAAGUCUGUUGGUUUUUGACCCCAGUGGUUGGAUGCAGUGAUUUGUCCCUGUGUGCAUCGCCUCAUAGAGGCGGUAAUAGACUCAUGCAGGUGAGUGAUUCUCUAUGUACGUGUCCUGUACAGUAAAUCCAUUGGUCGAGGUCUCCUGUUCAAAUGUUCGGCUCUCCGACCGUGUGUGAAAUAACCCCGUGGAUAUUUCCUGCAGUGCAACUGUUAAUUAAACGGCGUAAACAACAAACACA